UUAUGGAGCAGAGGAGGUGUUGCAGGUACAGUCAACCUUGUCUUCACUUGAGAGUGUUGACUGGACUUCAGUGGGCUUCUUUCUUGUUGAACUGAUUUGUGGCCCAUCUCACAUAUAUUACUUAUAUUCCCCCUCAAACUUGUGGUGGGUGAAACACCAACACCAGGUUUGGCUCUGAGAUCCUCGAACUCUCUCUUUGGUAACGACUUUGUGAAAAUAUCAGCUAGUUGAAGGCGUGCAGGUACAUGCUGUGUUUCAAUGUGUCCCCAUGCUACUUGCUCCCUAAUAUAACGGUAAUCAGUAUCGAAGUGCUUAGUUCUUUUAUGAAGAGCUGGAUUGUACUUAAGUAUACUGAUGAGAGAUUAUCACAUUGGAGCAGAGUAGGGAAUUGUUGAGGUAUUCGCAGGUCACGCAAAAGAAAGGAAAGCCAGGUGAUCUCAUGAGCCGUAGCAGUGAGAGCUCUGUAUUCAGCCUCUGUUGAUGAGUUUGAGACAGAUUUACCUUUUGUUGUAUAGAUCAAAAUGAUAGUAUAAUUUGUAAUCAAUCGAAUUUAACAAGCAGCUAGGCGACUAACAAACACUUCAAAAGAAAAAUUGAAGAAACCUUGUAUCGGGAGAUGAAGGUAAUUUGUAUUUCUGGUUUAGUUAAACUUUUUGAAGGCCUAGUGAGGCCCAUAUCUCUGUCGAAUAGACGCAAUCGCGGUAUUAUUCGGCACGGUGCUCUCGCUGUAAUUUGUCUUAGCGGAUUCGCUCUCUCUCUCUCUCUCUCUCUCUCUCUCUCCUCUUCUCUUCUCUUCUUCCUUGUCUCUUUCUCGAUUCAUCAUCAUCAUCUAGCCUGGGCUAGGGUUUAUCAGUGGAUUUUGGCAAUGGAAGCGUCAUCUUCGCAGCCACCUGAAGCUUCUGAUGAAACUGGUUCAAAGUUUCUGAUUGACUUUCCUUCACGCGGUUUCUUGUCUUCUUCUACCGUCGUCUCAUCCAAUCCGGGAAGCUUACGGGCUACAUUUGUGAGCAUGACACAUCUCCCCCAGCAAUCUUUUCAUCUUCUCUCUGGGUGAGAAAUGGAUACAGUGUAAAAAGUAAUUAGGAGUCGCCGGAUUAUCAGAUGCAUU